AUGCGGGUUGAUAUUAUCUCGUUGGUGGCUCUAGCUUCAACAGCUGCAGGUCUCCUUGUCACCUCGCCACGAAUUGGUGAAAAGAUUGACCCUGAUAUGCCCCUUACUAUCAAGUGGCAGGUUGUCGCAACGGACCCGGAUACCUUUAACAUCGAACUGGUCAAUCAGAAUGUCUAUCCUCCGACAACAACGGUUGUGGCAGAAGAUAUAGACUCUUCCAAAGGCUCCUAUACUGUCAAAGCAAAGACAUUCACAGAUACAGAUGAUGGGAAGGGAUAUCAGAUCAACUUCAUCUCCCCGGAAAGUGGCAUUCUGGCUCAGUCUCAGCAAUUCCGAGUCACCGAACCUGGUGCAAUUGCUAGUAGCUCUGGUAAGGAAACCAGUACUGCGCUUGAAACUUCGUCUGCCUCGUCCUUGAUGUCUUCCACCGCGUCGACCAGUGAUCUUACUUCCUCGGCUGCUUCCUCGACUGCUUCCUCUUACCUGUCUUCGACUGCUCACUCCUCCACCAGUGCGUCUACCCCUACCUUGUCCUCUUAUCUUACUGCUUCAUCUUCUUUCUCUACCCGUACAGCAUCUUCUCUUAUAACCAGCUCUUCUGCAAGUGCGUCUACCUAUUCCAUUUUAUCUUCUCCCCCUUCAGCAUUUCCUGUUUCCAUCAGUACUACAUCCUCUAAGAUCUUGACUUCUACCUUGACGCUUACCACUAUCACUUCUUCCUCAGUCUCUUCCACAUCUGCACUUGCAACUUCUUCCUCGAUCUCUUCUACGUCUACUCCUUCAACUUCUUCUUUCAUUACAUCCAGCUCUGCCACCCCGACCACUUCUGCUUCCAUUACCUCGUCUUCUCACUCACCUACUUCAUCCACACAUUCCAUUUCGACUUUCUCAUCCAGCACUACUUCCUCUACCACACCCCAUUCUACCCACAUUUCCACUACCCCUGGCGGAAAGCGUGGCUUCCGAGACAGCAUUUUGCUUUUCACCCACUACAUUGAAGAACAAGUGACUGACUAUAUCCAUAGUGAGGAGCUCAACCGUCACCUCGACCUCGACCUCGAUCUCGACUAG